UUUCCAAACAUGCGGUUUCACUAAGUGAAGAAAUUACUACUUUUUACCCUAGAAAAUAAUGUGUUAUUGCCCAAAUGAUCAGACUACACUUUAUUCCAUUAACAUAGCGACAUAGUUUUUUAACAUGAAGGGAAAAAAUAAAACUGGACCGACUUUUGAAUCGGUUUCUGCCCCACCCAGAUCAAAAAAUGCAACAUGGUAAAUGACGGUAUUUUUUAAAGCAUAAACAAAUGUAUUCUCAGAGUUUAGUGCCUUGCCCAGGAAUAUGAAUUGCACAAACCAUGAAAAUACACUAUGCACGUUGUUUUGUCCUCAUCAUGACUCGUUUUUCUGCACCGCAUGCAGGGAUUCAAAGCAUGGCUCAUGUCCUGACAUAAAACAAGUGAACUCGGAAAAGUUUUACGAGAAACGAAAGCUUGACAUAAAAGAUAAACCAGAAAGUUAUAACAUGAAAAUAAGAAAUAUUUUUGGAAAGAAUGAUAACGAUCAAAAUGACUGUUACAUAAUCGGUAUUAGCAUGCUUCCUAAUAGUGAAAUUCUCCUUGCUGAUAACAGAAAUAAAAAAUUGAAGAAAUUGAACAAGAAAUUCAAAAUAGUCAGUUGUUGUAAACUGCCUAACCGACCAUUUUCCGUAUGUUACAUAGGGAAUAAUUUAUCUAUCAUUGCUUUACAUGGAAAUGUAAUCCAAUACGUGAAAGUGUCAGGUGAGAUAGAGCUAAGAAAUGAAGUGCCUCUAAGUCAUGAAUGUUUCGGUUUAGCUUGUCACGGUGACACUCUCUAUGUAGCCAGUAAAAGUACAAUAUACACAUAUGACAAAAGAUGUGAUAAAAAACGCAUUCUCUAUCAACAUGGUGGUAGGGACCAAUUCUAUAAAUACCCAAUUGCGAUAAGUGACAAUGGUGAGCGGCUCUACAUUUGUACAGAUAAAGCUCUAACUACAAUUGAUUCUAAUGGAAAUCAUAUAUCCACUUAUCAGCUAGACGGGUUAUAUGACCCUGAUGUAUGUGUUGCUAAUAACGGAAUAGUUCUUCUAUUAGGCGGUCGUGAUAACGACAAAGUUUAUCAGCUUGAUUAUAAUGGUAAAAAUGAGAGCGAAACAGUUAGGAACUUUUCGGAUUAUUCUAGAUCUUUGAUGUCUCUCGCGUUUGACAGAGAAAGAUGUAGACUUAUAUUUGGUGAUUAUACAAACUAUCUACAUGUUUACAAAUGUGAGCUUUUGCCUUGUUAGUUUUAUCAACACAAUUCUUCUCAAUAUCUUUAUGCCUGUUAAUGUUUUAUUGCAUGUGUUGGUGUUUUAAACAUUUUAGCUUUAAAACUUGAAUACCUACAUAUUUGAAAGUUUUAUAUCAGAAUCAAAAUAAUAUAUAACAGUAGGAUAAUACCAAUGAAGAACUUGAUACCAAUAGUUCUAUUACAUAUAUUGCUUGAUGAUUUAAGAUUUGUAUAAAAAUCAUUAUCGUACAGUUUUAACUUAAACAAGUUGUAAUUAUUCAGUUACUUCAGUUGUGUUCAGAUUUAUAUUUCAUGUUAUCUAUGAUGUAUGCCAAAUUUCCUUCCUAGAACCUCUGGAUGUAGCAACAUUUACAGCUAUAAUCCAAACGUUUUGUCACUCAAAGAAUAUUGUUCUGUAGGGUAUAUACUGAGUGGUAAUCAGUCAAUGUAUAAUUAACCUUUAUGUUUUUGUUCUAUAAUUAUUAUGUCUAUUCUCAGAUUUAGAUAUAUUACGUCUUCUUUACAUAUUUCUUUUUCACAUCUAUGUUUAAAUAACAUUACAGUCAGCUUUUCAGGGUGGAGGAGGGCUCGAUAAUGUUGUUCUAAUUUAUGGCCUAACCCUUUAUAUUUACAUAAAUUUAUCCAAUAAUUCUGUAUUAUUGUGAAAAUUGUACGUAUUUGUUUAUUUACAAUGAAAUAUGAUUAAACUAAACUAAGUUUUUGUAUUGGAUACAAUUUGAAAAUGCUAAGACAAUUACAGUUUAAUAAACCAUGUAACCAGAAAUGUUUUUAUUUGAAAGUUUGUAUUCCAAACAAAAGUCAUAUUUUUUUGACUAUCGUUUGAGACAAAUAUUGAUUUCAUAGCAAGAAAACCAUGGCCAUUUUCAGUUUUAUUGGCAUUACAUAUGUCAGUGUAUGUGUUUAUCAAAUUUUGAUGUUUAAUCGUAUCCUUAUGAAUUCAUCUAUAUUGUCGUUUAAAAUUUA